AUGACUCUGAAUAUCCCAUUUCUUUUUGCCCAUGUUUUGGUUCAGUAUCUGUUUGGGAUCAUUGUUCGUCAUCUGAGAGCUUCACUAUCAACUCUACCGAUUCACACAAAAGCUAAGUGCCAUAUUCAAUUGGAGCGGUUGAGUUUGAAAUCAAGGUGCAAAAGAGCUCAAUAUCCAUGUUAUUGGCACCAAAGGGGGGGUUCAUGCCAAAUGGUCUUACUUUGGUGCAGACCUUAUUUACAAGAUAUCGACUCAUCAUAUAUUGAAUUAG